CGGAGCGGUAUCGGCAGUCUGCUUUCAUACAUGGACUUCAAUAGUUCGACGCGGGCAAACUCGGCAAGAGCUUGCAAGAUCGACAGCUACGUCCGCUGUACGCCGGUGGCAGAGAGUGUGUUUUGUCUGUUUUGUGUGACUAAUUCGCAAUCCGCAAUCGGUGCUGUGCUUGGCCUCGCUGAUGAGCUUUAAAAUCAAUCAAGGCGCUAACAAACCGCCAACCAGCUUACAACAACCAAAGUUCGUUUUUUCAUAGCUAUGCGAAAAACUUAAAGCUCAUCAAAAUCUAGUUCAACGUACCUGUGAGAAUCAAGAUCCAUUGCAAAUGCAUUCAUUGUUCAUUAAUAGCUAUAGGUUUUGCAUGUGAAGCAUGCAAGUUUAAAAAGAAAACCAACUCUUCAAUAAUUACUCUAAUCAAUAUCACCAGGUCAACGAGGCAUAAUGACUGGAUCAGUCCACGACCCGAAAUGGAGCCUGGAGCGACGCGAGUCGUCGGGACAUUUGGUUUGGCGCAAGGAGUCGCCAGAAUCGAAAGUGCGCUUUCGGUUUGAUGUCGAGGUCCUGGAGUUUGAAAAGCAUCCACACGAAGAGUUUGAGGAAAAAGAAGAUCACUUCUCAAUCUCAAAUCUUUCAACGACAAUUGCUUUGUGCGCCACAUGUGUCGCCGUUGUAGCCGCAACUGUGUUUCUACCCUGGUAUCUUAUGGAGAGAGUUGGUUCAAUAUGAAAGCUUUCGGUAAAGGGCUUAAAUACAUUUAUGUACUAUAUGUACAUAUGUACAUCCGAUCCGUGACGGUAUUAAAUAGACUUUUGUGUAUAUGCAACGUAGAUUUUAAAUUAGCUUAAAGUGUAAAUAGUGCAGUGUAAAUAUGACUAUACGAAGAAAGAGCGUUUUUGAAAAUGAUGUGACUUAUGUAUAUCAGUUUUGAAAUGAGGAUUAUACGAUCUGAUCUACAAAUUCUCAUAAGUUUAUUUGAGGUGUAGCUAAUUUCAGAUCAAAUGCUGUUGCAGGAGAUCACAAAGACAAUGUAAUAAAUAAACAAAAUACAUACUUGCCUUUAA